UUUCUGUGCGUGUGUGUAAUAUUGUGUGUGUUGUGUUUGAGGUGAUCGUGUGUCAGAAUGGCCCGUACGAAGCAGACCGCCCGUAAAUCCACCGGAGGAAAAGCUCCUCGUAAGCAGCUGGCGACUAAAGCGGCUCGUAAGAGUGCGCCCUCUACUGGAGGAGUCAAGAAGCCGCAUCGCUACAGGCCCGGGACCGUGGCUCUGCGUGAGAUCCGCCGCUACCAGAAGUCCACCGAGCUGCUGAUCCGCAAGCUUCCCUUCCAGCGUCUGGUGCGUGAGAUCGCUCAGGACUUCAAGACCGACCUGCGCUUCCAGAGCGCCGCCAUCGGAGCGCUGCAGGAGGCCAGCGAGGCGUAUCUGGUGGGUCUGUUUGAGGACACUAACCUGUGUGCCAUCCACGCCAAGCGCGUCACCAUCAUGCCCAAAGACAUCCAGCUGGCGCGCCGCAUCCGCGGAGAACGCGCCUGAGCUCCUCUGUCUGUGUGUGUGUGUGUGUGUUGGUUGGUUGUGUACUCUCAGACGAGCUCUUGUGUCACGUCGUCGUGUGAUUUAAAGCACAAGAGUUCAAGCCCUCAGGGUGAUUAAUUAAGGACUCCAGGCACUAAUCGACACGUCGACUGAUUUCGG